UGUGUGGUGGACUGAUUAUUACCGGUGAUACCGAUGCAGCGCGACUGGACCCUGCUGGGUCCGCUGCAGUGGAUCCGCUACGUCAACAAGCAGGUGAAGGUGAAGGCGGGAAAAGAUGAGGAGCACCGCGGCUGGCUGCUCACCGUGGACCCGGUGUCCGCCAGCCUGGUCCUGGUGAACUUCAGAGACGAGGAGGGUGGGGCUUCAGUGCAAGUGGUGAUGGGUCACGCUGUGGAGGAGGUGGAGGUCCUGCAGGAGGCUGACGAGGAGACCACGGAGCGUCUCCAGACCUCCUUCCUCCCCCCUAGGACCUGCAAGCUGGACCCGGAUGAGCUGAAGAGGAGGAAGGCAGGGGUCCGGAGGUGGCUGGAGAAGAACCGGGUCCCGGUGGAGGAGGAGGGGGAUGAGCUAAGGGUGGCGGGGGUCCUGACCAUCACAGCCCCCUACGGACCUGAAGACUGCUGCAGCUCCAACCAGAUCAUCCUGGACCGCAUUCAGAAACUGAUCCAGAGUCCAAUCCAGCUCCAACCACCUGAUCCAGAGUCUGGUCCAGACUGUCCCUGAACACGACACAACCUCUCAGGGCGGUUAAAUCUCUGACUGACAGCUGGUCUGGAACCACUUUGUCCAAUCAGAAUGACUGAAGGCAGAAGCCCCGCCCCCUCAACAGCUGAAGGAAAUGGGGAACUUCAAAAUAAAAGUCGUUGUCCCUAAAUGUUUUGAUAAAAUCAGAGAAGACAAACUCUUCGUCUCUUCCUCCAGAUGAAGAGGCCUGAUGUGUGGAACAGGAAGCAACCUGACAAAAUGUUCUUUAACUUCCUGUUUCAUCAAAAUAAAAGUUGGAUUCAACACUU